AUGCUGAUCAAACCAAUUAGAACGAAUUUUAAGAGAAUAAAUAUACGUAAUUAUUCAAUAAAACAUCAAAAGAGAUCUAGAAUUAUUGAUAUAUUACUCUUCUCUUCUGCAUCUCUUGGUUUAUACGCUUUAUACUCACACUUUAGUCACAAUCAAUCUUUACCUUUAAUUUCAACCAAUAGUUUCACUAUACCAACUAAAAAUAAAGAUGGUAUACCUACGAUUACAACUAUAAAGAAGCUUUCUUCAAACGCUAUAAAUCAAUUACUUAGAGCCAAUGAAUCAGCUACUUCAAUUAAUAGACCCGGUUCUAGUUUAAUUAAAGAAUAUCAUAAUAAUUCUAUUUCUUCUAACAAUCCAAUAGAAGAUAGGUCUUCUCAAAUCUUUUUAGAAAGGGAUUUCAAACCGAAAGAUAUUUCAGACUUCUGUAGGAAGGGCGAUUUAUAUUUCUUUUGCGUUUUCGAUGGUCAUUCUGGGUUUAAAACUUCAGAUCUUUUAUCCAAAUCUUUAAUUCCUUUCACUGUUUUACAUUUAUCAUCAUUAUUCAAUAAUAUUCAACCAACAAGUUCAAAUUAUUUUGAUAACCUCAAAAAUAAAUUCCUACCGAUCAACUUUAGUAAUCCUUUAGAUUCUCAACCUAAGUUUGUUAUACAAGCUAUAAAAAACGCUUUCAUAAGCUUAGAUAAUGCUUUAUUACAAGCUCCUAUAAAUACUUUAAAUCAAUUACCAAAAACUAUAUCCCCACCAAAAUCCCCUGAUGAAUCCUUAUUGUCAGUAUUAUCAGGUUCAUGCGCUUUAAUGGCUUACUUUGACGAAUUGCGUCAAGAUUUAUAUAUUGCAUUAACAGGUGAUUCAAGAGCUGUAGCUGGUUAUUAUGAGAAUGGUAAAUGGAGAGUCGAAGUUUUAACAAAUGAUCAAACCGGUAAAUCUAAAUCAGAAAUCCAAAGAAUUCAAUCUGAACAUCCUUCAGCUGAAUCACCAUAUGUUAUUCAGCGUGGUAGAGUGUUAGGUGGUCUAGAACCUACCAGAGCUUUUGGUGAUGCGCGGUAUAAAUGGUCUGCACCACUACAAUCACAACUUUCAAAUGCACUGUUACCUCCUUCUUACCCCAUAAGAGGACCACCAAGAGGUUUACUUACCCCUCCUUACGUUACCGCAGAACCCGAAGUAACCCAUCGUAAAAUAGACAAAACAAAUAAACCUCAAUUCUUAAUUCUAGCUACAGAUGGUCUUUGGGAUAGAUUAUCAAAUGAAGAAGCUGUUGCUCUCGUUGGUAAGGCCUUAGAUGGAACAGGGCCUUUAGGUGGUUCAAAAGGUAAAUCAAUUAUGAGUAAGUCAGAGUUACUAGAAAACGUCGUAUCGAUAAAAGGCGAUAAACAAAUUCAAAAACCAAUUCAAUCGUCAAAUCACAAUCAAACAGUAAGUGAAUCUGAUGAAAGUCAAUACAUCUUCAAUGAAUCAAACCUUUCAACAUUAUUGAUUAAAAAUGCACUAGGUGGAGCACAUGAAAACCAAGUAUCUGCUUUACUUUCAAUACCUGCGCCACAUUCAAGACGAUUUUUUGACGAUACAACUGUUUCCGUUAUCAUUUUAAAUGAUGAAGAUAACAAAUUUCAAAACUUAAAUAUAAAAAAACAAAUCGCAAAUGUACAAAAGCUACAGGAUAAUUUAAAAAUGUAAUAUCAUCUCUAUAAACAUUUUUCAUCUCAC